AUGUCGCUUGUGCGGCUCAAGGCUCAGAAUCAGACCGUCGCCCAUUCCGAUAUUGAAUCCAUUCUCAAUACCUUGGAUAACUCGUACCCAGAGCCCUCAGAUGGCGGGGACUCCAGCGGCGACGACGACAGUGCCAGGUCAACUCGCUUAGGCAGCAUGAUGGGCAGAGCGGGCCGGUUCGUUCCUCUCUCACCCACCCAAACCACAUUCUAUGGCUCUUAUUCCGGAUACUCUUUCGUCUUCAAGACUCUAGAACUAUUCCGAAGAAUGCCUGACAGUGCUGCCUUGACCACCGAAACUCAGACCAUUACUACAGCCUUGUUCAACGCACCAGUACCGGAUGCUGAAGCAGGUACGCACUAUUCUUCGCAGUUCCAGAGCCUCCCAAGUCUAUCUAUCACGCUUGGCCUACUGGAUGUCGUUUUCACCAGAUGUAAUCCGUUGAUCCAGUUCGUGCACGAGGCCGACUUCCGGGACAUGGUCCAUCGUCUAUAUAGCGAGUCUGCCCUUCAAUUUGGUGCAUCCAGUCAUAAUUUCAUGCCGCUGUUUCACGGCAUCCUUGCAAUCGCUCUAUUGUUUGAUGUCCGAUCUCGCAAGAAACAUGGCUGCGAAGAUAUUGUGAACGAAGCUACGAGGCAUUUCCUUCUCGCUCGCAGAGAGCUUGAUGUUGCCCAGUGUGCCGAUCUCAUAUCAAUCCAGACAAUUCUAUGUCUCAUCUACUUUCUGGUGACAACAUCUCGUCUGACUUCUGCAUACACAUACCUUGGCAUUGCUUGUACUUCAGCCUUGAGGCUUGGCUUGCAUAAAGAUAUUGGGGCAGAUAUCACGAUAUCUGAAGUUCAACAAGAUGCCAGACUCAGAAUCAUGCUCGCAGUCCUGCAAUUCGACACCCUGGUCAGUAUCGUUCUAGACUUACCGACUCGCAUCAAUCCUGAUUGCAUCGACCCGGGUGUCGCGGCCUCGUUGAAGGCCGACUGUGCCAAACGGUCGACCAGUGCUCGUGAUGGUGACUCUGACACACAAGCAAAGCUCCUGGCUUCGGCGAAGCACUUGGAAUUGUUGGGCCUGACAGCCGCGGGGCUUCGAAGCAUAUUCAGUCGUGGCACACACAAGGGCAAGCGCACAACAGACCUGGUAUUUGACAACGUUGAUGCCGUCAAUAUGAGAGGCACAGAGGAUGCAUUCCGGAAGUGGACCAGAGCGCUGUCUUGCUUGCCUCAUACUCCUGAAAAGCGUGAAGUGUCGGAAAUCAUGAAAUUCGAGCUGGAAAUGGCAUUCUAUUUUGGCCAGUUCGUCCUCUACCAACCGUUUCUGCAUUACCUCAUACAGAUGGCCGACAGUGCGCCCAUCACGAGGACCCAAUCGCAGCACGCACUAUCAUGCAUCAAGAUUGCAGCCAUCACUAUUACUCGAGCUGAGGUGAUGCAUCAACGCGGUCUGCUGGCUCCGGCUUCUUGGAGUGUCAUCUACACGCUUUUCCAAGCAGUCAUGUGCCUCCUCUUCCUGAUAGCGACGCAUAAUGGCACAUCUCGACCUAGUGAGGCAUGGAAGAAGGGAGAGCUGGGCAUCAAGCUCCUAGCAACGAUGCGUUGUUACGAUAAUGGUGCCGUUCGGUGUUUAUGGAUCAUCAAGGUUGUUCCCACUGCUCCAUAUUCCAUGAUUCAUACGAAACUAACUUGUACAAAGAUGGUGAUUAAACAGCUCUCUCACACCGUGCAAUUUGAUGUUGACCGCAUCGUUGCGAGCACCGAAUGCGUAUGCCCCUGCUCGAGAUCCAGUUUGAUACCAACAGAAUCAUUGGAUCGCCUUCCAUUACGGGAUAGUUCAGACAUUAUUGCCGGAGCAAGUGGAUACGCGACACCGGAAACACCACACGAUGCACGUUCUUAUCCAUCGGUUUGGAAUCGACCAGGCAUGAAUCGUCUCCUGGCCAACAACCAGGACUCACCACGGCAUGAUGCAGACUUCAUUCUUGCAGAGGCGCAAGCUAUCUCCUUGACAUUACCUAUCGACAAUCUCGAGUUAUACACACCCGGAGAGGUCUGA